GAAGCUGCUCUUCACAGGGAUGAUGUGGAGUUUAUCAGUGACCUGAUCGCCUGCCUUCUUCAAGGUUGCUAUCAGCGCAGGGAUAUCACAUCACAGACGUUUCACAGCUACCUGGAGGACAUCAUCAACUACCGCUGGGAGCUGGAAGAAGGGAAACCCAACCCGCUGCGGGAGUCCACGUUCCAGGAGCUGCCCCUGCGCACCCGAGUCGAGAUCCUACACCGCCUCUGUGACUACCGGCUCGAUGCGGACGAUGUCUUCGACCUCCUCAAGGGCUUGGACGCCGACAGCCUCCGCGUGGAGCCGCUGGGCGAGGACAGCAGCGGAGCGCUCUACUGGUACUUCUACGGCACGCGCAUGUACAAGGAGGACCCAGUGCAGGCGAAAACCAACGGAGAACUGGCUCCAGACAGGGGAGGUGGGGGGCAGACAAACACCCCCAAUGCUCCUGGGAAAACAGGCAAGAGACGAGGGCGACCUCCAAAGCGGAAGAAACUGCUGGAAGAAAAUCUACUGAGGGAGAAGGCAGAAGAGAACUUGCUAAUCCGUGAGACACAGAUAAGAAAUGGGUCCCAAGGGCCAGGCCGUGGGACAUGGUGGCUGCUGUGUCAGACGGAAGAGGAGUGGAGGCAGGUCACAGAAAGCUUCAGAGAGAGGACUUCCCUUAGAGAGCGGCAGCUCUACAAACUCUUGAGUGAAGACUUCCUGCCGGAGAUCUGCAACAUGAUUGCGCAGAAGGAGAAGCGUCUGCAGCGGACAGAGUUUUCUCCCAGGUGGAUGUCUGACCAUCAGCCCAUCAAACCAAUCAAGCAGGAGGUAAGCCCGAAUGUGCUGAGUUCGAUGGAGAAGCAAAGGCGCAGGGAGGAGGAGGAGGAGCGCCAAAUCCUUAUAGCAGUGCAAAAGAGAGAGCAAGAACAGCUGCUCAAGGAGGAGAGGAAGAGAGAGAUGGAAGAGAAGGUCAAAGCAGUGGAAGAACGGGCCAGGAGGAGGAAGCUUCGUGAAGAGCGGGCCUGGCUGCUGGCACAGGGGAAAGAGCUUCCCCCAGAGCUUUCCCACUUAGACCCCAGUUCCCCUACCAGGGAGGAGCGACGGACCAAGGACCUCUUUGAAUUGGAUGAUGAGUUCACAGCCAUGUAUAAAGUUCUAGAUGUGGUAAAGGCUCACAAGGACUCCUGGCCCUUCUUGGAGCCCGUUGAUGAAUCAUAUGCUCCAAACUACUACCAGAUCAUUAAGGCCCCCAUGGACAUCUCCAGCAUGGAGAAGAAGUUGAAUGGAGGUCAGUACUGCUCCAAGGAGGAAUUUGUGGGUGAUAUGAAGACCAUGUUCAGGAACUGUCUAAAAUACAACGGUGAAGGCAGCGAGUAUACCAAGAUGGCCUACAACUUGGAGAGAUGUUUCCACCGAGCAAUGAUGAAGCACUUCCCUGGGGAAGAUGGAGACACAGAUGAAGAAUUCUGGAUCAGAGAGGAUGGGAGGCGGGAGAAGAGGAGCCGGAGGACUGGCCGCUCCAGUACUGGCAGCGUCUGGACUCGGUCGCGAGAUCCAGAGGGACCAGGCAAGAGGCAGCAACGCCUGGAAAAUGGAGGGAAGCCCACGCCGUAUCGAGCUUCCAGGGCUCCUGCCUCCUCUUCCUCUUCUUCCUCCUCCUCCUUCUCCUCCGCAGAGGAUCCAAGUGGCAACCCACUGCAGCAUCCUCGGGAAGUGGGCCCUUCCAACGGGCGAGGUUUCCCUCGCCCGCUGCAGUACGGCGGCAUGCCCAGCCCCGUGCCACAUCCCGGGCAGAUGAGACCAGCUGUGCCAGGGGCUUUUGGCCCUCUGCGUGGAUCAGAUCCAACUAAGUUGUAUGGCUCACCACGAGUCCCAGAGCCCCAUCCUGGAGAUCCGGUUCAGUUUUUUUUUUUUGCCAUGCAGCCGGCUGUGGGGCUGAACGAACACCGAGGGCAUAGGUUGGCCACCCCCGAGAAGCAGGUGUGUGCAGGACCGACGCACGUCGCUGGCCUCGGCCCCCGGCCCGGAGCCCUGCAGCUGGGGCGGAUGAGCGGCCCCCCUCCCGACGCUGUGUACCCGCCAGCGCAAUUCCAGCAGGGAUUUCUUCCUCCGAGACACAAUGGGCCUCCGAUGCGGCCGCCGGGGCAAUAUACCAGCCCACCGGAAAAAGCCACCGGCCAGCGGAUGCCGCAGCCAGCAGCCUCUCUGUUUGGGGGGCCACCUCAGGUUCAAAGAGGGUGCCAGGGUGGGGACUCCAUGAUGGACAGUCCGGAGAUGAUUGCCAUGCAGCAGUUGUCGUCCCGCGUGUGCCCGCCGGGUGUGCCUUACCACCCUCGCCAGCCGCCCCCUCCGCAUCUCCCCGGCCCCUUCCCACAGCUGGCUCACGUGGCAUCCGCCAGCAUGCAGCCCCCGAAACCCGCUGUGGGCAACGGGAACUCGCAGGAGCAGAGCGGGCAGACCAUGGAGCCAGAGAGCAACCAAGUAGAGCCGCCCACCGGUGUGGACGAGAAGGCUUUCGGCAUUCCCGACGGGGCCUACGCCAAACUCCUACCUCAUCCCAAAGCCCCGCCGCCCAUGGAGUGCACCCGGCGUGCCUUGCCUCCAGAUGGGGAAGGAGACAGCUCCGGAGCGAAAAAUGACCUGAAGGCAAUGCAGAACAAGAGCGCGUGGCCAGUGGAGAGCACCUACGGCAGCCCAGGCGCCCAGGGCUGCGUGAGGGACCUCGUGCCCACUGCGGAGAGAGGAGGGCCCAUGCCCGAGAACGGGGCUGUGGGCGAAGGGCCCUCCUCAGGUGGCACGGAGGGAAAGGGGCUAGCUGCCAACCUCAUGGAGAAGCCCCUCUGCGGCAGCGGAAAGGCUCUGCCUGAUGCAGCUGUGCCUUGUAUGGGGCAGAGCACCGGCCUCCCUGGCAUGGAUGCGGGCUCCAUGGGGGCCGCCUCAAACCAGUUCCAUCCUCUCUACAUGCCUGGUUUGGAAUACCCAAAUUCGGCCGCCCGUUACCACAUCAACCCAGGCCUGCAAGGGUUCAGCCCCGUGAUGGGCGGGAAGCCGCCGCCCGUGUCUCACCCGCAGCAUUUUCCAUCGCAGGGCUUCCAGCCAAGCAACGCCCAUCCUGGCGUCUUCCCCCGGUACCGCCCCCACCAGGGCAUGCCCUACCCCUACCAGCCCCAACCGCAGCCUUCCUACCACCACUACCAGCGACCACCGUACUAUGCCUGUCCGCAAGGCUACUCGGACUGGCAGAGGCCUCUCCAUCCCCAGGCCAGUCCCAGUGGGCACUCGCCCCUGGCAAGACCCCCUUUCUCUGAGCGGGGGAACGUGAGCAGCUUGCAGGCCUGUGAGGCACUGAGCGCUGCCCUGGCUUCUCCAAACCGCAUGGACGUAGUGAGUGCCAAAGAGGUUUCUCCGAGUGACGGGCAGGAUCUGGGGCCUGAAGAUGAGAAGUCUGAUGAAUCCCAGGAAAGGCCGGAGAGUCCCAAAGAGUUUCUUGAUUUGGACAACCACAAUGCGGCCACGAAAAGGCAAAGCUCAGUGGCAGCAGGAGAGUUCCUCUAUGGAGCUCCCCCACCACCCCUGGGUUCGGGCAUGGGAUUUGGCCCAUCAGCUUUCCCUCCUCAUGGGGUAAUGCUACAGACUGGCUCUCCUUAUGCAUCCCGACAUCCCACCAGUCAUUUCCAGCCCCGGACAUACGGAUCACCCAUGAAUGCUCACCUGUCUCAUCGCCCAGCUCCUGGCCAGGCCAAUGGCCUCUCUCAGGAGGGACCCCUGUACCGCUGCCGAGAGGAGAACAUAGGUCACUUUCAGGCCUUGCUGAUGGAGCAGAGAGGCAGUGGAGGUGGCAUGGGGGGGCCACCCCAGGACUUGUAUAGAUCGUCGGGAAUGCAAAUGCAUCAGGCUCAAGUUCCCUUCCCGAAGAUGCCUGCUACAACCAUGUCCCGGGAAGAGCUGACGCCACAGAAACCAUCAGCGUUGCCUCUGGAUCAAAGCUAGUCCAAGGAAGGAAGACCCUCAAGAAGAUGAAAGCCACACGUGAUUUGGACAGGGUGGGAGGAUAGACAGGCCUUCCUCCCACCCUCCCCUCACCCAAGCAGCACGGAGCUUCCUGGGGCCGUGGAACACAGUGCCACAAUCGCUUCUGCAUUGGGAACCAGAAUGGUGACAGAUCCCCGGCCAGCCAAGCGGCUGGCUCGUCACCACCGGGGCAGCUUCCCAAACUGGUGGCUUUCCAUGCCUGGAGACUGCGUCUCGUUCAGGGUUUGAGGGAUUUUUUUUGGGUGGGGAGGGCGGGGGUGGGGAUUGAAACUUUCAUUGACUGCUAAACUCAGGUAUAUUUUUCAGGGUGGAAGAGGACGAUGAUGGAAUUUUUACUUGUAGUAUUAACGCGUGUGUUUUGGAGCUGGAUCCAGUUUACAGAAUUUAACCUGUUGCCUUUUUAAAUAAAUUUCUGUUGUUGGUGAAUGUAUUGUACAUAAUGGGGGAGGGGGUGGGCCCAGCUUGUAGUGGGCUUAGCACUGGAGGAAUCCUUAACUGUUUACAAUCAUGUCACACUGAAAUCUUUCAGGAUAGGGGUAAGUGGGGAGAGAUGAGGGAAUGUGUGAUGACAACUUGCUUUCCUCCUCCCUGUCUUCUGCAACUGAGAAG